AUUCCCCAUUCGAUCUCACAUCUCUCAACUCAUUCACAGCCAAAAUCAAGCCGUGCGCAAACCCUAGAAUUUAUCGAUAAAAAUGUCGGCACACGGAGGAGACGGCGGACUAACUCAAGAAGAUGAGAAGAAGCCGCUAGAUCAGGCGGCGCACAUCAAUCUCAAGGUUAAGGGUCAGGAAGGGAACGAGGUGUUCUUCAGGAUCAAGCGAAGCACACAGCUGAAGAAAUUAAUGAAUGCCUACUGUGAAAGACAAUCACUGGAGAUGAACUCUAUUGCUUUUCUAUUUGAUGGCCGACGUCUUCGAGCUGAACAAACUCCUGAUGAGCUUGAGAUGGAGGAAGGUGAUGAAAUUGAUGCAAUGCUGCAUCAAACAGGAGGUGGGAUCUAAAUGCAAACCUUAGGGUGGAUAUGAAUUAGAAUAAAACUUGAACAGAAAUGGUUAGUGUUUUAACCAAAUAGUGUUAGUAUUUUGGUAUUUUGAGUAUUUUUGAUGUGUGUAUCAAGGUUUUACUGCCGGUUAUUAGUAAUACGUUUAAUAGUUUGAGGUGA